CACAAGAGGCAACACCUAGCUACCGCUCUUUUGUUUCUUCCCUGUGCCUCUCUACUAACGAUGCUGUGUCACCGUUUGGCUCCCCACCACCAGCUGACUGCGCAUGACGGCGGCGUCGACACCCUGAGCUCGGCUGCCAUAACGAGGAGCCGAGAGAGUGGUUCCAUUCUACAAUGAUGUCCUUACGAAUAUCUAUCUCUGCACAUCAAACCAGAUAUAUUCGGAAGCGAGCUGUUUUGCUUGCUUGUUUCCUAUUUGAGCAGGCCAAAUAAAUACACCUUCCUGACAUAGAUAGUUUUCUUCAUAUUUACCAGUUCACCAGUUCACCAUGACCCCUGCCGAUGAUGAGGGACUUUGUGGCGGGCCGUGAUGCCAACCCAACAAUGUUGAGAAGAAUAGCAUCCCGGAAAUGCAUUCCGUAGUAGGACAAACAACAGUCUCGUAGGAUGGAAACAUGUGAGCGGGACACAGGCGUGGCCAAUCAUGGCGGGGUGAAGUCUUUGCCAGCGGGACGGAAUUCGACGAUGAAACGGGAGCUGUUUCAUCAACCACCACGCUCCACCAAGUCGGCAAGUCGUGCCUGUUAGCUUCUCAACCCCGCACUACGCCUGUCAGCUAGCACUCGUCGCCGUUCGCCUUAACUGCGACUACCGGGGGACAAUGAAGUCAUCGUCCGAAGAGCGGUCAAUGGCACCGGGUUUGCUUGAUAAAGUUGAAGCAGUUCAACGAGAUUACCAUCAUGCAGCCUUGCGAGGAAGACCCUAUUCACCACCCCAUCACCACGCCAGGCUGUCGGAAGCACAAGGUAUGCCCAAGGUCUGUCGUUGCUCGUUCGAUCUCCAAGCCAUCAUUCGCUCUGUUCUGUUGAUUACCGUUGCUGCCCCCUUUUUUUGCCCCCCGUGGGAACCGAAUGAUAGGAGCUGGCUGGGCUGGGCCACAAUCCCCCCUAACGGAGGGGUGAUGGUCAGACCAAGAGGCCAGGCGGCUACAAACAUAUGCCUUCUGGGGAAUCCUGGAGUAGGUGAUGGCCGAGACGGUGUUGCGGAAGCACAGGCACAGCACAAAAAAAGAUCACCAGGGCAUGGCAUGGUUUUGGGGCCAUUGGGGAAAGAUUCGGCUUUGUCAUCCGUCGUUGGAGGUUCUGGAAUCCAGACCUUUCCUUCCAUCUUGGCACCGGUGCAAGCCACAAACGAAAAGCUCACGCCACGGUCUGAACAGUGGCCCCGCUUUCACCCGUCAGCCCCGAAUUCACAAGGAAAAUUCCUGGCAUAUCCUCCCCCCCGCCCCACCACCACCACCAACACCACUCACCAGCUGAACAUAACGACUGAUAGGGUGAUGAAGACAUCGCCUCUUUAUGCAAUGACCGGGCCAGCACAGGUGCCCGGCCACCCGACAGUGAUGGGAGUCCAGACUGCUGUUUUGUUUGUUGGAAGCGGAUAUCCAAUCUGCACCUCAUCUCGAUUCGUAGGCGCAAUGUCCCACCCCAUUUCGAUGGCCAGCACUGAUCGCCGGGGGGUUCAUCCGGUCCCUCGACUGCCCGCUGGGAGCAGAACACAACAGCUGAGCUCUGACAGCACCGAUUGGCAGGAGCCCCCUGUCGGGAGACCAUGUCCCGGUCGCCUGCCAUUGGCCAGACUGUUCCCAAAACCGGUAUGAUAACAUCAUCCUACAUCGAGACAGCAAAUGCCUGGCAAUUCACCACGUCUCCGCCCUGAUUUCCUGCGCUGGGAUCGAUGAAAAUCGAAAGAGGGGUGGGAACAAGCUCCUGAAUGCCCAGAUGGAGGCUUCGAGCCCAUUGGACCAUUGGACCGUGCUUCGCUGGAAAAUGGCACUUUGCUUUUGCUUUCUUGCAUCUCACUUUUUCUCCCAUGUCUUUCUGUGUCUGUCUGUCUGUCUUGUCUUGUCUGCCGUCCUACCUAUGAAGUCCUACCCGGCCUGAAUCGAACUUCUUUUGAUAGCUCUUUCAUGUGCUCUCGGACCAACCUCGUCCACCUUUGCUGUAUCUUUUUCAACAGGCCGUUCCCUCAUUGUCACCCAGGGGUCCACGUACGUCCACGUCCCUGUAUCAAAUCAUCUGAUCUACGCCGGCUGUGACGUCGCCGGAGCUUGUCUUGGGAUCACAUUCGGCUCUCGGCCCUAAGAGUUGGAAAUCACCUUGGGUUUGCUGUUUACGGCCCUCAGGACCUGCCGAAAUUUCACGGCCGUUAGGUGGAGGCUUCGACUGCUCCGCGUUCCGGGACGGGGGCUCCGCCAAACAUGUUGAGAGGCUCAACCGUAUCUCACCUCGCUACCUCCGAUACCUAUCCUGCCAACCUCCGCUUCUCUUUUCUGUGAACCGGCCUGGCCAUCGAUCCUGGCUCUUCUUUUCGACCCAAUUCGAUACCCGAAACACGUCUCGCACCGAAUACCCUCCCAAUACCAAAAUCAAGGGUCCAGCAUUCUGUCUCGCUUCUCGCAGCCCCCCGUCUAGCUUGUUCUCGCCUGUUCGCAUAUCUUUCGCCGGCCUGCUCCUGUUUUAACGUUCAAAGAUUGCCCCCAGACCAAGAACAACAAGUGACUAACCCUACAAUUCUAAUUGCAGGCCCUUGUCAAGGUUUUCAUUGGGAAAAACCCGCACGCAGGCACUGCUUUGUAGGAAACCCAACUUCCACCAUCGACUUUGAAUUCAGAGUUCAACAUGUCGAGACCACCAUCCAAACAUUUACAAACCCAGAAAAGGACGAGAUCGGGCGUUUCUCUCACCAUGACGGAGCCGGAUGGAUCUGAAGCAGCCUACAGCCCCACGACCCCGAGUUCCCCGACGAGUUCUCAUGGCGAACAUCGAAGAAGUUUUUCUCUCAACUCGAUCAAAGGACGGCCAUGGCGCUCCAUGAGCAACAGCAACAGAGACCGAGAUUCUACACCAGACUCGGCGUUUAGGGGCCAUGUGAGGAAAUUAUCCAAAUCACGACCAUAUUCGGCAUCUCCAGUCGAUGGCUUCAGUCGACGUAGCUCAGGCAUUUCCGAGGAUCACAUCCAAAGUCUUCACAGCCGGUUGUCGUUCACCACAGCAGAUCCCCCGAGUCUCACCCCAAGUUCGUCAUCAUGUUCCUUCGACUGGAAAACUCAAAGAGUAGAGGGGGGAUGUGCGCUGGAACCGGAUACAAGUCUGUUGAAGACCAAGACUCCAUACCUGGUGGUCACAACGGACUAUCUUCUCAAGAUGAAAAGCCGUGCCGACGCAGUGGCAUUAAUUCCAUCAUUGGCCAUUGAAGGCGAGAAAGCGCACCAUGGCUCCCCCCCGGAGCCUGCUCUCGCCAUCCCUAUAUCGACUGUUGUGGCAGCCUUCUACUCGGAAAGCAUCAAGCCGUCGUUUGGAAUCGAAGUAUGGUGGAAGGGUUUUGGCGGCCAGUCGUUCUACCGGUCCGAGUUCUUUUUCAGCUUACCGCGGGAGCAACAGAAGAUGCUCGAGAGCAUCACGCGAGUAAUAGGGACAAAAGAGCAGGACGAGUCUGGGUCUUCGAACAAGUGUGAUGAUAUCAAACCACUCAUGCAAAAGAUCCAGAUGAUGGAGGAGCCAGUAUUCGCAAACAAGGAGUUGGAGAUCUUCCCGGUGAUCCCACGAGGACAUACGAGGAAGGAGUACAUGCCAAAGAUGGAGGAUGCGUCCAAGAAGUCUCAGGAGGGCUCGGCGUACUAUCUGGUCAUUGGCACAUAUCUCUGCUACCUCGCCGAAGUUCAGAGAGGGAAGGCUGGCUCAAGCUGCAAGCACAGGACGUUCGGCCUGGUCACACUGAACUCGGUGGUUGGGGAUUGGUCCUUCCACGAGGAGAGGUUUAAUAUCUCGUUCCGUGAUCCCUUCAAGACGUCAGUGACACUCGAACUUGCCAGCCGCUACUAUCGACAGAUCAUCCGCAUCCUUGGUACCGCUGACCGCUUUAUCAAGCCCAACUGGCCCCAACUUUGGCAGAACCUGGAAAUCUUCUCGGUUUCUGGGCUUCGGAACCCUCAGUACUUGGUCUCUCGGGAAGACUACGGCGCCAUCAAGCGCACACUUGACGCUCACAUUGCCGGGUAUCGUUGUGCGCCUGUCGAGUGGGAGAUCAACUGGAAGACUCGGCAUGCACCCGAGUUUCGACUGCUCCCGCCAAAGCAUGCGGGACUGUACACAGGCCUUCAACUUUUGGCUGUUCUCAGGGCGCUCAGGUAUAAUGACUAUUUCAACUCGCUGUCUUUCAAGGACGUGGACCUGUCGAUGCUGCACGGCGUGGAUGACAAUCUGGGCGGGGGCAUCAACGUUGCCUACCUGAGCCGGACUUGCAUCAAACUCACCAAUGAUGAAGUGCAGCUGCUGAAGACCUGCCCGGUGUUGCACCAGGAGUUCCAUGCUCUGGCUUAUUGCUCUGAGACGAUUCGGCAAAUCGAUUUCACCAACUGCAGCUAUGAGCUGAACAGGGGAAAGACAGCCGACAGCCACUACCCGACCCUCCAGUUCCUUACGCCUAUCCUCCAUCUCCUCAAGACCGGCAUCUCAAAGUGCAACCGUUUGAUCUUGGCCCACAAUCACCUUUCUGAACAUGACAUCAGCAACCUCGCCGAGACCAUGGAAACGGGUGCCAUCAGAGCCCUGGACAUCUCGGCUUGUGGCUUGGACGAUAUGGGUGUGAGGAGGAUCGUCAUUGACCCUCUGAUGGAGCGCCCUCUUCCUCUCGAGUCAUUGACAGUUGCGGGCAACUAUGGUCGAUUGCCCGCGUAUAUUUUGCCUGACCUCCUGCAGCAACUUCCUGAAAUUAGAGAGCUCAACCUCUGUGGCAGCAUUUUGGGAGACAGUUCGGAUGUGGGCCCGCUAUUGCCCUUUGAGCUGCUCGAAAGCCUCCAGUGGCUUGAGUCGAUCGAUAUCACGGGGUGGCUGAUCAACGAUGAGACCUUGAUGGACCUACAGCGCUUCCUGAUGGCGAGAAGCUGGAAACUGGAUCACAGGCAGUUUUCAGCCUUCCGCCGGCUUGUCCUCAAGCAAUGCGGUAUCACGGGAUUCAAAGCUGCGGCAUUGUUUGAAGCCGUUGGGAAGGAUCAUGGCCUGCAUAUCGGCCUGAGCAACAAUCCGAUCGAGAACGGCAUUGGAGAGUUGGCUGCUGUCAUUCGGGAGAACAAGGGACCUGCUGGUCUGGAUAUGGAAAUGGUUGAGUUCCAGGACGAGGAUAACUACCUCGCUCUGAUCCACGCCUUGACCGAGACCAAGUACCUCACCGUCCUGAACAUGGCCGGUACAGCACCUGCUCCUUCUCCUACUGGCGUUUGCAGUUCCGAGAUGGUCAGCGCGCUGCAUGACUUGUUUGCGCGCAACACUUCCAUCCGGUGUCUUGAUCUCUCGGGCUUUUCCGGCAGGCUUGACGAUGGCCAACUGACCAAGGGAUUCGGCCGCAGCUUGAGCGGUCUUGAGCAUAACAAGGCGAUGACCCACCUGCGGAUUCGGAACCAGAACCUCCACGACGACGCAGGCACGCUGGGCCAGUCCUUGAAGAGGAACAAUACACUGAUGGUCCUCGACUGCCAAGACAACAACCUCAAUCUGAACAGUUUUGGGUUCUUGGUCGACAGCAUGAAGAUUAACAGGACGAUCAUCGACUUCCCCUUCACCCCCAAGGAGCGCGCCGACAUUUGGAAGAAUGUCCUCAAGGGCCUUCGUCCAGGGCCACGCCCACCUCAGGCCAAAACUGGUCUCCACUUGGGCAAAGAAAAAAAGCACAAGGAUAAGAAGGACGACAAGGACAAGCAGCCUGCGCUUCAGCCCGACGUACAGGAAACUGCUUUGUGGACCAUCUUGGAGAAGCAGUUCAGGCAGCUGGACGAACACAUCGAGCGCAACCGCGAGCUUCUUGAGGCAUCAUCCGGCCAGGUCUUUGAUUUCGAGUCCCCAGCCUCCACCCCUAUCGACGCCGGACAGGCGGGCGGUGGUUUCAAUGCUGGUCCUGCUGGUGCAAGCGAGUGGCCCACCCUUCUUGAUCUCGAGUUCGACAUGGGCACCAUCGACCUGAACGACAGCACCACCCCUCCACCUGCGGUUGCCGGCCCUGUAGGCGAGGCAGUUGCUCAUGACGGGACAAUCCUUUUGCAGUCCAGCCCUGACCCGAAAUCCACACCCGCGACCGAGGCCCCCAAGAAGGAGAAACACAGGCCACCCCCUCUCAUCCGUCGGAAGACUGUCCGUUCCUCUGCCCUGGACAAGGAGUCCCGGGAUGAGCCCCCACCGACACCUUCCUACUCCUUGAUCGGCCACGUCGGAGUAGGCAGCACAAUGUUGAACGCUGCACCCGACUAUCCCCCUCCCCCUCCUCCUCCACCCCCCGCCAUGCUCGCGGCCUUUGCCGGGGUCGAGUCACCAACUGAUACCCUCGACCCAGUCUCGGAGGUUGAGACGCCCGGGCCGGAUGAGUUGCUGCCUACAAUGGCUGAGCUUCACAUUAAGAACUAUAAUAACAUUAGCGUGGCCAACAACAUCAAUAUCACCACCGCUACCACCAAAACCAACACUACUAUCACCACGACAACCAUCACGCACAGCAGCAGCACUAGCACGAACAAUAGCACUAGGGGUCAUAGGUCUACCCCGUCAAAUCAGAGUAUGGACGAGGAGGAGAAGUUAAGGGAGAUGUUGAGUCAGUAUAGGGGUGGAUUUAUGGUGGGGGGGUUUACUGACUGAUUUUUUUUUGGGGGGGGGAUUUGUUCUAAUUUGUUUUGGUGGGGGAAAGCGGAGGUUGUUUUGAUAUGAUAUGAGGAAAAGCAAGGGGUACAUAACAUAGUAUAUAGAGGGGCAUAAAUGGCAACAUAAUACGCAUAUAUAUUUGGAAUUUUGGAAGGGUUGGAGGUUUGGGACAGGGAAGUUUUGAAUCAUUCAGUGUUUUUUUUUUCUUUAUCAUCAUUUGGCAUGGCAGAGCAGAGCAUGGGAGUGGAUUUCAUCUUGGGGGGAAUGGUUGUUGUAAGAUAAAAGGGGAUGAUGGAGAGGUUGAUACCCUAUAGAGGAUAGUUAAUAUUGAGUUUAUUUCCAAACAUGUAAUGUUUGUCUAUCUCGGUCGUCUUGUGUCUUUUGUUAUAUUGAGAGCUUGUGUUGUUAUGGUACUCUUCACAAAGCAGGUGCUCCUUCCUCUAAUAGCCAG